AUGGCUGCGAUGCUCCAGAGAGAAGAUCGCCUCCAAGUAGUCGGAUGGCCACCAGUGUGCACAUUCCGCAAGAACCUGUCCACCACAUCCACAAGGCCUGCAUAUUCUCAAGAUCUGAGCAAAGUGGAACCCUGCUCUGAGGAAGAAGACCAUGGAAACACUGGAUUUUCAGGACAAGAGAGGUCAGCUAUGUUUGUGAAGGUGAACCUGGAAGGUUACGCCGUCGGGAGGAAGAUCAACAUCAAUGCGCACCGCAGUUACACUUCGCUGUCCGGGGCUCUGCAGACCAUGUUCCAUGGCUUCCUGUAUAUUUCAGAUGGCCAUCGGAGGAUUGCAACUAGAGAGGAUGGAGAGAAGCUGCAGCGUCAGAAGGGCAACGGCGUGAUGAAGAACUACAUCCUUCUGUAUGAGGACAACGAGGGUGACCGCAUGCUCGUUGGCGAUGUCCCAUGGGAGUUGUUCAUCGCUUCAGUGAAGAGGCUUUACAUUACUAAGGACCCCAGAGCUGACAAAAGCGACACGAAGAACAAUGUUACAGGAUGAUUAGAUGUCGAGGCUGUUUCUCUGCUUCUAGAAACUGAU